AGGGUGUUGACUCUGGAUCUUAUGAUUAAAAGAACUUUGGCUUCACAUCAGGAGAACAAGAGCUGAGCCUGCACCGCCGCAACAUGACCUCCAGCCGGUUCCUCCUCCUCUCUCUCCUCCUCUGCCUCCUCCCCGUGUGCCUCUCUUGCCCCGCCCUCUGCCGCUGCUUCUCCCGCCGCGCCGAGGUGGUCUGUGACUCCACCCCCUUCGACUCAUUCCCAUCGGACUCCCUCCCCCAAAACACCUCCAUUCUAACCAUCCAAUUCACCAACAUCUCCACCAUCACUGAGACCCACCUCAACCGCACCCCAAACCUUCAAGAACUCCACCUGUUCAGCAACCAAAUCCAAAACCUGGGACCCCAUCUGCUCCGAGGACUUCCAAAACUUCGUAGUCUAGAUCUUACCGACAACAAACUCACCAACUUACCUGCCAACGUCUUUAGCCACGCUCCUCUCGAAAGUUUGGUUUUGAAAAACAACCAAAUCGAAAUAGCGGGUGAAGAUUGGUUGUCAGAAAACAGCACGUUGACAUGGUUAGACUUAUCUGGAAAUCGUUUGACAAAAAUCCCGGGUAGCUUGUUUGGCAAACUCCCGAAUCUCGACAAUCUCGAUCUCCCAAACAACCGAUUAGAGAAGGUUACGGAAAGGUCGCUAGAUGCGCUAACCAAAUUGGAACGGCUAAACCUGAACAACAACAAAAUAGACACUCUGGAUUCCACGGUUUUCCAGAAAAAUCUAAACUUGACACAUCUCUUUAUAUCACGGAAUAAACUUCAAAAACUUCCGCAGGGUUUGUUUCGGAAUUUGGUGAAUCUUCAGCAUUUGAAUUUGGAAGAAAACCAGUUGCAGACAAUGGCGCCGGGUUCGUUGGAUUCGCUGGUGUCUCUGGAGGAAGAGGGACUCGACCUGGCGGGUAAUCCAUGGACCUGCGACGGAAAGAUCGAGUAUCUGUGGAGGUGGAUGAACAAGAACAAGAGCAGGGUCUUCCUUCCCGACACGGUCAAAUGUGCCGCUCCGCCAGCUCUGAUUGGACGGUCGGUCGUGUCACUGACGCAGAGUGAAAUCAAAGCGGCGGCAUAGUGUUUAGUUUGGUGUGUUUUGAGUUUGGAGAUUAGCCUAGCACAUACAGCUAACGGGCUGGUGGAAAGGCUGUAUACAUUUGAAAUAAAUAAAAUGCAUGUUGUUUUUAGUUUUGUGUUUUAUAGUGUUACAUACACGUACACAGAACUCAAUAAAUAUGUUUGACUGUUUUCAGGAUAUUCUUUUAUACUAACAAUAUUUCCCAGUAAAUAUCCUUCAUCCAAAACAUACCUGGAGUUACAUUUUGUUUCAUUCACACUAGUUUAAACCACUUUCAACAUAAAAGCUCCAGUGUUUACCACCUGCACAAAGGCCUUUAUUGUGAAAAGGUCAGACAGGAGACAACACAAUAAUGAAGCUUAACUGUGCAGACGACAGACAGUGACUGUGACUGUGGGUUCAGAUGAUUAUAAAAAUCAUCUGGUUUGUUUCAGUGGUGACUCUGGAACAGUUACACGUCGCCAUGGAGAUCACAUGAACAAAAAUCACAUCAUAGACACAGAUUUCACACCUGAUCACUCAAAAAUGUAAUUAAGCUCAAAGGGGCGGUCACAGUGGACAGUAAAAGACAGUAAAAUCAAGAUAUAGAGUCAUAAAAGGUCAAAUAAGAAGAAAUGUCAUGGCCUGUUUGGGUUAAAGUUUGGACAUUUAAAAAAACAAACUUCUGCUUAAAACUGCAUUGUAGAUCCCACCUGCCCCUUUACAGUAUGUCACCAUAAACGUCAUAAACAGAGCUCCUCUUCUAGAUCAGGCUGAUGGCGCCGUGUUUAAAGAGAUACACAUCACUGCAGUUAGCACGGAUUUUUUUAUUUGUGCCAAAAUGUCUAAGCGUAUCACCAUUUCAGAAAAACUGUACACACAAAAUUGGACAAAAAAGCAGUUUGUGUGUACGGAGGCGCUUUGAAUGAGAAUAAAGGAGGUU